UCAGCGUCCGAGGAUUUUCAGUUAUCGUAUAAGAACCCUCCUAGCUUCCCAACUCCUGAGGCCCCUCGCUCCAUCGAGACCUGACUUUCACAUCCUCUGAUUCCUCUCUCCCUGGAUCUUCCAUACCAACUUGAAGUUAUCCUACCUGUGCUCUUCUUUUAGGAGGCGCAAAACAACAUGGCUUCAGCUACCGUUCGCCUCGCCGACGUUGACCGCUCGGCCACGGACAUGAUCACGUUCGACGACUCCAAGCUCGCCAAGGUGAAGCCCGGCCUCGCUGCGGCCGAAGGCUUCAACCUCUCGCCCUCGCAGCUGCGGGACAUCUUCGGCAUCACGCCCGAGGCUUUCCAAGAGAUGCCGGCCCGUCUCGUGGUCCCAGACCUCGCCAGCCACCAGGCCGACGACGGCUCGUACCAGGUGACGGGCUUCCUCUAUCUCGUCGAGCCCGUCGAGUGGGUGCCGCGAGUGCACCGCGGCGCCACGGUGCCGCUGUCGGCGUUGAAGCCCAACUUCCAGGAAAGCCAGCCUGUCGCCGAGUCGCAGUUCAACACGCCUGGCAUUGCCGCCCAGCUUGCCACCAAGGCGGCGACGACGGGCUUGUACCGAGACACCAAGGCCGAGCCGCUGACGAACAAACCCAUCCCCAGCAGCCUCUCCGCGUGCCCCAUCCACCAGCUCACCGUAUUCCCUUUGCUCCGCGUCCGCGCGCUAAAGCGGCAGCGGAUCGAUCUCCACGUCGCCACUUCCGCGGCCGGCGGGAAAGAGGAUCUCUGGUGGGCCAACAGCGACACCCCCGGGUACUGGGACAAGGUGGGCGUCUCCGCAGGCCGCGUUGCAGACGUGAUCGACUUCCAACUGCACCCGAUCCCGCUCAAUGGCGACCCCGAGGUGGCGCAGCUCGUCUGGAUCCUGCCGGUCCCUCAGUUUUCCGCUGACGCUAGUGACGGCGAGCUCAGCGUCACGACGCUUGUCAGCCGGUCCGGCUGGCACCACUGGUACAUCUGGGAGGAAUGCCCGUGGGAGGCUGCUACUGGUAGUACCGAUGAUCAGGGGGAGCUGUUGCUCGUGGCAGCGCCGCAGAAUCAGGCCGCCUUCAAAGCGGCGACGGUCUGGACACCCUUGCCAACGCGAGCGUAUAUAGGUUUCUUCUAAAAGUUGCUAACAAUCGCAACCAGGCUCUCACUGCCACGGAGGAGAUAACCACAGAGGUGACCGUUGUUAACCCUGUAGUGCGAG